AUGGCAAAGCAUCAUCCAGAUCUUAUAAUGUGUAGAAAACAACCUGGUAUUGCUAUUGGGCGUCUUUGUGAAAAAUAUGUGAGACCUGAUACACUUGUUCGAAUAUGUGAUGAAUGUAAUUAUGGUUCGUAUCAAGGUCGUUGUGUGAUUUGUGGUGCUCCUGGAGUAUCUGAUGCAUAUUAUUGUAAAGAAUGUGUAUUGCAAGAAAAGGAUCAUUUUUGGGGCCCUGUUGCUAAUUGGGGUUUACCUUUAGCUGCAAUUGCUGAUAUCAAAAAAGAUCCAGAUAUUAUAUCACCUAAAAUGACUGUUGCAAUGUUAAUAUAUUCAGCAACUUUUAUGAGAUUUGCAUGGCAAGUAAUACCUCGUAAUCAUUUACUUUUAGCAUGUCAUAUGACAAAUGAAGCAUUACAAUUUGUACAAGGAUAUAGAUAUCUUGAUUAUUACCAUAUGGGAGGAAAAGAAAGAAAAUUAAAAAAAUUAGAAGAGGAAAGUAAAAAAUUAAAAGAAACGGCAGCAUCAACUACUACAACAAAAUUGCCAUCAUCAUCAUUAAAUAAUAAAUUUUAUUACGCUGAUCAAAUUGGCUCUCAAUCCAGUGCUAACAGUAGUAGUUCGCCUUUUACAGCUAUUCCAAAACGUAGAACAAGCAGACAUAACACGCAUUCAUAUUCAUUGUCGUCACCCUUAUCACAAAGUUUUCCAACGAGAAUUUCAACUUUUGAUGAAAUAGUAAGAAACAAAAUGAAUUCAACAACAUCACCAAUAUCACCUUCUUCAACAUUGCUACCAUCGCCGCCAUCAUCGCCACCGCGUAAUCUAUUUUAUCAAUCAUCUAUUAUGGACACUGCGCUGAGACAAUAUUCUCAACCACUACCAUCAACAUCAAAUGUCGCUAAAUCUUUUGCUUAUUCUUCCAACUCGCCAAGUUCUGCUACCAUUAAAAGACCUCCACCAAACAGACAACAAUCAUUGCCUUCAAUUGAUAUUACUGCUUUACCACCACCUACACGUCCACCGAAUGAUCCAUUGCCACCUGUUCCAGGUUUUUCACCACCACCACAACCAUCAUCGCAAUUACAAUCAUUAUUUAAAUCGCAACCGCAACCUCAAUCGCCACCACAAUUGAAAUCUCAUUUACAACCGCCACCACAACAGACCCCCCCUAGGCAAAUAAAAGAUAAACCAAUGAAUUCAGGAAACCCAUUUAUUGGAGAAUAUUCGGAUGAUGAUAAUAUUGAUCCAGAUUAUGAGGAGGAAUUGGUCGCAUCACAAGAAAAAGAAGAUAAUAAAUUUAUUGAAAGAGUUAUUAAAGAUGAUUUUAAUAUUAAUUCAGAAAAAGUGGAUAAUAGUCGUACUACAAGAUCAUCAAUAUGA